AUGUUUUCAUUUGAUUUCCUUGGCAAGUAUCUCAUCACUCACCGGUCUUGUGCCCCCCGCUUGAGAGUUUCUCCUUUCAAGGAUGGAAGGAUUGGAAAUCAACUCGGUAUCCUGUGCCUCGAAUGCCUCUCAGACUACAUGAAACAUGACUGUGGUAACUCCUACAAGACUAGGGCAAGAUUCAUCAUGGUCCCAUUUGCAAGCUUAGAUUUGGUUUUUAAAGUAGGGUUUCGAGUUCGAGUUAUUGCAAUUUCUCCCGAUCAUUCCAACUCCGAUUUUGGUGUUCCUUUGGGUCUGGCCAGGAAUUUUGACAACUUUGGUGCCCCAGAUCCACAGGAAAUGAGUAGCUUAGUGGAGAGGCUACGUGUUAGAUCAGAAAGGAGGCCAAUCUAUAACUUGGAUGAAUCAGAUGAUGAUGAUUUUGUUUCUGGUAAAGCUAAAAAGCCCCAGGAGAAAAUCGAAAGAUUUGUCAGGGAUGAUGCGAAGGAGGAUUCCUGUCAAGCUUGUGGAGAAAGUGAAAAUCUUCUGAAUUGUGAAACUUGCACUUAUGCUUACCAUUCCAAGUGUCUGCUUCCACCACUAAAAGCUCCUUUUCCUAGCAAUUGGAGGUGCCCUGAAUGUGUUAGCCCUUUGAAUGAUAUUGAUAAGUUAUUGGACUGUGAAAUGCGCCCUACUGUAGCUGAUGAUAGUGAUGCUUCUAAGCUGGGUUCAAAGCAAAUUUUUGUAAAACAGUAUCUUGUGAAGUGGAAAGGCUUAUCUUAUCUACAUUGCACUUGGGUACCUGAGAAAGAGUUUCUAAAAGCUUUCAAGUCAAAUCCUCGUCUGAAGACUAAAGUAAACAACUUCAAUCGUCAAAUGGCAUCAAACAAUAACUCUGAGGAUGAAUUUGUUGCUAUUCGACCUGAAUGGACAACUGUUGAUCGAAUUCUUGCUUGCAGGGGAGAUGAAGAUGAGAAGGAAUAUCUUGUGAAGUACAAGGAACUAUCUUAUGAUGAAUGCUAUUGGGAAUUUGAAUCAGAUGUAUCUGCAUUCCAGCCUGAAAUAGAAAGAUUUAAUAAAAUUCAGUCUAGGUCUCACAAACCGAGUAAGCAAAAGAGCAGCCUUCGAGAUGCUACUGAUUCAAAGAAGAAAUCAAAAGAAUUUCAACAUUAUGAUCAAAGUCCUGAAUUUCUUUCUGGAGGCUCAUUGCAUCCGUAUCAGCUAGAAGGUCUUAACUUCUUACGUUUUUCUUGGUCCAAGCAAACACAUGUAAUACUUGCUGACGAGAUGGGUCUUGGGAAAACAAUACAGAGUAUUGCAUUUUUAGCAUCUCUUUUUGAAGAGGGCAUCUCUACACAUUUGGUAGUUGCUCCACUUUCAACAUUGCGAAACUGGGAACGUGAAUUUGCAACAUGGGCACCUCAAAUGAAUGUUGUUAUGUAUGUUGGCUCCUCACAAGCUCGUGCUGUCAUAAGGGAAUAUGAAUUUUACUAUCCCAAGAAUCACAAGAAGAUCAAGAAAAAGAAAUCUGGUCAAGUUGUUGCCGAAAGCAAGCAAGAUAGAAUAAAAUUUGAUGUGCUUCUAACUUCUUAUGAGAUGAUUAAUUUGGACUCAGCAUCAUUGAAACCAAUCAAGUGGGACCCUCGUUUGGCACUUGCUCAGAACAACCUGGAUGAACUUUUCAUGCUCAUGCAUUUUCUUGAUGCUGGGAAGUUUGCGAGUUUAGAGGAGUUCCAAGAGGAGUUUAAGGAUAUAAAUCAAGAGGAGCAGAUUUCAAGACUACAUAAAAUGUUGGCUCCCCAUCUCCUCAGAAGGGUGAAGAAGGAUGUCAUGAAGGAGCUACCUCCUAAGAAGGAACUCAUUCUACGUGUUGAACUAAGUAGCAAGCAGAAAGAAUAUUACAAGGCCAUCCUGACUCGUAACUAUCAAAUACUAACACGACGUGGGGGUGCACAGAUUUCUCUCAUCAAUGUGGUUAUGGAAUUGCGCAAACUCUGUUGUCAUCCUUAUAUGUUAGAAGGAGUGGAGCCAGAUAUAGAAGACACCUAUGAAUCUUUCAAGCAGCUCCUGGAAACCUCUGGGAAAUUGCAAUUGUUGGACAAAAUGAUGGUGAGACUUAAAGAACAAGGACAUAGAGUUCUCAUUUACUCACAAUUUCAGCACAUGCUGGACUUACUGGAAGAUUACUGCACUCAUAAGAAAUGGUCGUAUGAACGGAUAGAUGGAAAGGUUGGUGGAGCUGAGAGACAAGUACGCAUAGAUCGAUUUAAUGCCAAAAAUUCUUCAAGAUUUUGUUUUCUUCUCUCAACUAGAGCCGGAGGACUUGGAAUAAACCUUGCAACCGCUGAUACAGUAUUAAUUUAUAGGCUCAUAACCCGAGGAACUAUUGAGGAACGGAUGAUGCAGAUGACUAAGAAGAAAAUGGUUUUAGAGCACCUUGUUGUUGGGAGGCUGAAGGCACAAAAUAUUAACCAGGAAGAGUUAGAUGACAUCAUAAGAUAUGGUUCGAAGGAGCUUUUCGCUGAUGAGAAUGACGAGGCCAGAAAAUCACGUCAAAUUCAUUAUGAUGAUGCUGCUAUAGAUAGAUUACUUGAUCGUGAACAAGUUGGAGAUGAAGAAACAUCAUUGGAUGAUGAAGAGGAAGAUGGGUUUUUGAAGGCAUUUAAGGUUGCCAAUUUUGAGUAUAUUGAGGAAGUAGAGGCUGCAGCAGAGGAGGAAGCUCAAAAGGCAGCCAUGGAAACUAAAUCCACCGUAACCAAUUCUGAAAGAACAAACUAUUGGGAAGAGUUGCUAAAAGACAGUUAUGAAGUGCACAAAGUUGAGGAGUUUAAUGCCUUGGGCAAAGGAAAGAGAAGCCGUAAGCAGAUGGUCUCUGUUGAAGAAGAUGACCUUGCUGGUCUAGAAGAUGUAAGCUCUGAUGGGGAGGAUGAUAAUUAUGAAGCUGAGUUGACUGAUGGUGAAACAACUUCAUCUGGAAUUCAGACAGGAAGAAGGCCUUAUAAGAAGAAAGCUCGAGUGGAUAAUAUGGAACCAAUUCCUCUGAUGGAAGGUGAAGGAAGAUCAUUCAGAGUAUUGGGUUUUAAUCAAAAUCAGAGGGCUGCAUUUGUACAAAUUUUGAUGAGGUUUGGGGUUGGGGACUAUGACUGGAAGGAGUUUGCCCCUCGUUUGAAACAGAAGACAUAUGAAGAAAUAACAGAUUAUGGGAGAUUAUUCUUGACUCACAUAGCGGAAGAUCUGACUGACUCACCAAAUUUUUCAGAUGGUGUUCCUAAAGAGGGUCUUAGAAUACCAGAUGUACUCGUUAGGAUUGCCGUCCUGCUUUUGAUAAGGGAUAAGGCGAGGUUUGCAUCAGAGAACCCAGGUAGCCCCCUUUUUGCAGAUGACAUUAUACUGCGCUACCCAGGCCUGAAGAGUGGAAAAUUUUGGAAACAAGAGCAUGAUUCCUUGUUGCUUCAUGCAGUAUUGAAGCAUGGGUAUGGAAGAUGGCAAGCUAUUGUUGAUGACAAGGACUUGAAGGUUCAAGAGAUCAUCUGUAAAGAGUUGAAUCUCCCUAUUAUAAGACUACCUGUCCUUGGACAAGGUGGUAUUCAAGCACAAAAUGGUUCUACUUCUAACGUGGCUAAUGCAGAAGUUCCUAGCACCCAGACACAAGCAAAUGGUAGUGGAAAUGAUGUAGCAGCUGAUGGUGCUCAGGGGACAACUGAUGCUGCAAACCAAGCGCAGUUAUAUCAAGAUUCAUCUAUAUUAUUUCAUUUCAGAGAUAUGCAGAGACGACAGGUAGAGUUCAUUAAGAAAAGAGUGCUUCUUUUGGAGAGAGGACUCAAUGCGGAGUACCAGAAAGUAUACUUUGGUGGUGAUAUAAAACAAAAUGAUAUUACAAGUGAAGAGGCUGAUGGUGAAACAAAGACUGCUGACAGCUCAAGUUUAGGCUCCAUAGAGGUCAAUGCUCAAAUGAUUGACCAGUUGCCUCGAAUGGAACCAAUUGCAUCAGAAGAAAUUGCAGCUGCUGCUUAUGAUGACAAUCCUGAUAGAUUGGCAUUGGCUGAGCUUUACAACAAGAUGUGCACGGUUUUGGAGGAAAAUGUUGAUGAAUCAAUUCAGAUAUCCUUAACCAACCAAACCGCAAGUCUCAAGUUGAGACAGGACCUUCAGCCAUUAGAGAGGAUCGAUGAACAGAUGAACCAAAUUCUCUCUCCUUUACAGCAGAAAUCUCCUACUUCUGAACAGGGUACUCUGGAUUCGAACAAACAUGUGCAGGCUGAAUCACAGAGUAGUCAGGCAGAACUUCAUUCACAAUCUGACCAGCAAAAGGAGAGUGACAACAAUGCUGCUGCUACAGAAGACGUUGAGAUGAAAGAUGCAACAACAGAGCCAAAAUUGCAAGAAACCAUUGCAUCAUCGGAUGAAGAAGCACCACAUUCUGCAGACCCGGUUACGCCUCCAAAAGACCCUAUCUGUUCACCAGGGACAGCUGAAAAGGAUGCAGAAAUGUUCGAUAUGAAUGAUGAUGCUGGCAUCAAUGGUGAUACUGUACCAAAUGAGAAUGAAACCGCAGAGAAAUCUGGUUCUGGGCAGGGUUUCUUUCCUGCUUCAAGCUUGUUGAGAGCAAAGUCAGGCUUCUCCCAGCAAAUAAAGUUCCUAUCUUUGGAGGAGAGCACCAUUUCUACUAAAGCAGUGAAAUGCAAACCUUCUUUCAAAGAGACUAGAUCACUUAAACUAGCCUGA